AUGCCCACCCAAGCCCCACAACGACCAGGCCUCCAAGGCCGCGCUGCCUCCGCACCGGCUGGGGCUCUAUUCAAAGCAGUCAAUUCGAAGUCGAGAACAGACAUGGGAGACAAGGAAGGUCAAUUCGUCACGGGAAAAGACGUUGCAAAGAAUAGCAGUGAGAUGCCCUCGGUCUUCGAUUCCUCGCCCGUGACAAUUGCCGUGGUUGGAGGCGACAAAGUCGGCAAAUCCACAUUUAUCAGACGAGCCUUGGAAAUGAGAUCUGUUCCCUCCUCGCGGGCGACCACCAAGAAGAUGGCCAUGGACAAUUCGGUGUAUACCGUUCGAUUGCUGGAAAUUCAUUCGAAAGAUGUCGAGUCGGGUAACCAGGGAAUUAUCGUCUGGCCGUCAUUAGCAGAUGAUCAAGACUCCACGACAGUACAUGGAGCUGUUGUCCUCCAUGAUUUCACUCAGCCCGCAGUCCUGUCUGAGACUUCCCGUCUACUGGACGCUCUAGCAGUGUCUACGCUACCACAUCUUUCAGUUGCCUCGAAGUGCGACAUUGAUAGCCGAACCGGCGAAUCCAAUACUAUCCUUGGAUCCCAUGAAAUCGUCCGAACCUCGCAAAAUUCCUCACAAUCUCCAAAGACGUGCAUCGCAUUCGUAUUGCAUUCUAUAAUUGCAAACAGGCAGGGCAUAUCGGGAGUUCGCUCUCCAGGAAAUUCCGCAGCAUCACGCAGUGGGCAUCACGCCCGCGCAAAUUCGGAAGCCCUCCAAACCACAUUCAACAGGGCCGCUGGCGGAGAGAUAGCUACCUUUAAUCGAAAAGUCGAUGGGAACGGUGAAAGCCGCAAUCCCAACGACCCCUCAAACAGCUCCAACCUGGCUCCAUCUCUGGAACAGAUUCCCAGAUAUGAUCCGAGUAAUUCUAACGCAUCGCGGCCGCAAACCCCUCGCUCCCGCGAUGGGCUGAAUCAGGACCAACAGCCCCCGUCGGAAGGCGCCUCUCCGGAUAGAGACCGCAAUCGGCAGCAUCGGCUUCAUACCGCAUGGCGUCGUAGUGCAGGUUCCGAUAUGCUCAGCAGCUUUUUGGAUAUAGAAGAUGACACAAACGAGUCGAAGGAUCCACAAGCGAGCUCAAAUGGUAACAAGGAUAAAUCGACGGGAAGUGCCUCGGGUGAAAAUAAUGACAAGGGACUUACGUUUGACGAGCUCGUCGAUCGCCUCGUUGCGCAACCGAUGUCGAAGCAAGAGUCGAAAUUUGUGUCUGUCUUCUUGUGCCUCUACCGUAAAUUUGCAGCACCGGCAACCCUCCUCAAUGCACUAAUCAGUCGAUUCGAAAAUAACGAAAAAGAGAACCUCGAUCAGCUUACUCUUGUUGCCGCUCAGAUGCGACUCCUCAAUGUGUUAGCUCAAUGGACAUCCGAGUACCCGGGGGAUUUUGCGUACCCAAAGACCCGUCAACGGAUAGCCGACUUCGUUGCUGUUUUGGAAAAAAACCCUUUCUACAUGUUUGCAGCUAAAGAGAUCGGAUCAUACGUUGAGACCACCGUUGACGAUGACGAUGUUGGAUGGCCAUUUCGAGAUGGCGAUAAUCAGGUUGCAGAGGACUUACCCGGCCUUGAAUCAUUCUUGGACGACUCAACCUGCAGCACGCCGCCAGCCUUCCUGUCCGGGAUCUUAAUGCACGACGGCAAUACAGGUGAAGAGACAGUUAGCGAGGAAGAGGAUACCCUAUACAGUCUGAAGGUAUCAGAAUUAAGCGAGGGGUCCCCAGAAGCAUCCAAGGCUUCAAGCGUCGGUCAAUCUAACACCACCUUGCAUCAAUCGUUGACCAGUCUGAGCCUCGAGUCUUCCCAGAAAGGAGUACAGCAACUUGAUCUUCGGCCGAAAUUCUCAUUAAGUAAGGUCCAGUGGCGGCAAUUUAUGGAUAUUCCAGAUGAAGAUUUUGCCCGCGAGCUGACCCGGAUCGACUGGGUUAUGUACAAUUCAUUUGGUCCUCGAGACCUUGUUCGGCAUGUCGGCAUGUCAGGUCCUGAAAGAGAGAAGGUCAAAAGCCUACACAAUGUCAGUCGGAUGAUCAAGCAGUUCAAUCACCUGGCCUCUUUCGUGGCCAGUAUGAUUCUCCUCCGGGACAAACCGAAACACCGAGCGAGGGCAUUGGAAAGGUUCAUGAGCAUUGCUCAAAAACUACGCCGCCAAAACAACUAUAAUUCCCUCGGUGCCGUGAUCGCUGGUGUAAACGGCACGCCAGUCCAUCGGUUAACGCAGACCAAGGAACUCAUACCGCCAUUGGUACAGAAAGACUUUAUGAGGCUGGUCAUCCUCAUGAGUACACAAAAGAGCCAUUUCGCAUACCGUCUGGCUUGGGAGAAUUCACCGUCUGAGAAGAUUCCUUUUCUCCCUCUCCAUCGUCGCGAUCUGGUAUCCGCAGAAGAAGGCAACAAGACCUUCCUCGAUGAGAACAAGACUCGAAUCAACUGGAGCAAAUUCGAGGUUAUGGGCGAAGUGGUUCUUGGAAUCCAGCGCAGCCAAAAAACACUUUAUCCUCACAUGAAUAAAUGUGAAGAUGCACUGCAAUUGAUCCUGGAAACUCAACUUUCGGGUAAUGAAGAGGAUUUAUACGCACGGAGCAUACAAGUCGAACCAGCCGCUGGCGGUGACACGACAACACGCAGGAAAUUCGGCAACUGGAUAAGUCGUAACGUCCUUCCAAUAUGA